AUGAAUAGUCUUGGAGUUGUCUAUAGAGCAAAUGGUAAAGCAUGGAUGACAGCAAUGUUAAAACAAUUUGAUGAAAGAAUGAAUGGUAGAAGAGUGUUGUUGCUACUUGACAAUGCACCCUGUCAUAUAGUUAGAGGAAUGGAAUUGCAAAAUACACAGGCUAUAAAAUUCAUUAAAUUUGCUUGGACAGAUGGUGUUUCAGUCAAUACCAUUGUUAAUUGUUGGAGACAUACAGGUAUUAUUAAUUUUAGUAAUGAAGAAGAAAUAGAGCAAGGAAAGGAAAACAGUGACGAAAAUCUGAAUGAGGAAGAAGAUAGUGAUGAAGAAAGUGAGUUACCUGCUAUUCCUAUUAAGGAAGGGUUAGAAGCUUUAGAAAAAGCACUCUAG